CUGUCAUGUACCUGCAGUGGAUGCUUUCUUUGUCUUCCGAAGGUGAAUGGGAAAGGCAGAUGCUUAAUAUCACAAAAUAGUUGCUGCUUUAAAGACAUAGCAACCACAUAUGAUGGAAAAGUAUGAGAACCUGGGGCUUGUGGGCGAGGGAAGCUAUGGAAUGGUUAUGAAGUGUAGGAACAAGGAGUCUGGAAGGAUAGUGGCAAUAAAGAAAUUUCUGGAAAGUGAAGAUGACAAAAUGGUGAAGAAAAUAGCAAUGAGAGAAAUCAAGCUGUUAAAGCAAUUACGACACGAAAAUUUGGUAAAUUUAUUAGAAGUAUGCAAAAAAAAGAAGCGUUGGUAUUUAGUGUUUGAGUUUGUGGAUCGUACAGUGCUGGACGACCUUGAACAGUUUCCAAACGGGCUCGACUUCACCCGAGUACGAAAGUAUUUAUUUCAAAUCCUAAGAGGAAUUGGGUUUUGCCAUAACCACAACAUUAUCCAUCGAGAUAUAAAGCCAGAGAACAUACUGGUAUCACACUCUGGUGUUGUAAAGGUGUGCGAUUUUGGAUUUGCACGAACACUAGCUGCUCCAGGAGAAGUCUACACAGAUUAUGUAGCAACAAGGUGGUACAGAGCACCUGAGCUUCUGGUUGGAGACAUCAAGUAUGGAAAAGCUGUUGAUGUGUGGGCCAUUGGUUGUCUAGUGACGGAAAUGCUUACUGGUGAGCCCCUCUUCCCUGGAGAUUCUGAUAUUGAUCAGCUUUACCAUAUAGUCAAAUGCCAAGGUAAUCUAACACCUCGACUUCAGGAGCUGUUUUAUAAAAAUCCACUCUUUGCUGGGGUGACGUUGCCAGAUACUAAAGAACUAGAACCUCUUGAAAGACGAUAUCCCAAACUCUCUACUUUAAUGCUAGACUUAGCCAAGAACUGCUUGCAAAUUGAUCCAGACAGGAGACCAUCCUGCAUGACUCUACUGCAACAUGACCUUUUCAAGAAGGAUAGCUUCUCUGAAAGGUUCUCGCUGGAAAUUAGUGCUAAAGUGCAAAAACUUUCAAAGGAUAAUCCACCGCAAACUAAGAAAAUGAAAAACCAAAAGAAGGAAGACCAUCCAGGAGAAAAGAAAGCACUGGCAUUACAGGACUUCAAUAUCAACUCCAAAAUGAAAGAAACCAAACCUUUAAAAGUGAAAAUAAUAAAAACAGAUUCAGAGAAGAGUGAGAAAAAUGAUGGGCCGUCACUUAUUACCAAUUUCUACAAUGGUGGCACACACCAAACUAGAACUGUACCUUUUCUGACAAUAAAAGAAUCCAGUAACAGCCUCAAUCAUGUCAAAAGCCCAGUCGGGAUGAUUCCUCCAAUUAGCUACAAUCUAACCCCCAUGUCUUCCCACGUGACCUCGAAUUCUGGCGCAGUAUCUGGCUCAGGACAUGUUACAUUCAGGGGAGAAGAAAAGGGUAAAAUUUACAUAAGCCCUUUGAAAAAAAAUGGAAAGCUGUCUCCUGGAAAUCACUAUAAUCAGAACCUCUCCACAUUGAUUGCAAGCGACAAGAGUCCUGUUCAACUAAGCAAGAAGAGGUGGGGUUUUUCCAGACUGGAUAUGAGAUUACCAGAACUGAACUGUGGCCAUCUGCCAGAUCUUAGAGGGGCAGAUGGGGCAACAGUUUUCUGUGCACGCAGCUCAAAUGUGUUCAAGAAAGACAACAGGACAAUACCAGACACUCGCAUCCCAUCACUCACUAUGAUCGAUCUUUAUAAUUCAAGCACAGCCUUGCCUCAGGUUUCAGAAAAUUUGUUACAAGACAUCUCAAACAGCCCCGAAGCAAAUUUUCCUUAUGUGGAGAACUCGUAGAACAUUUCAAAAUAACAACUACUUUGUUGUUGAAAGACUAUGAAAUCUGGGCCGUAUUGAAAACAUCAACUGUUAAUAGCAUUCUGGAUAUAAACCCACUCCUACUAUGAGACACUGUUCAUCUUUUAUUGUAUGUAAUAAUCAUGGAGCACUUCUCUUCCAUCAUACAUUGGACCAAUAGAAAGAA